UUUUUUUUUCUUUUUUUUAUCUAUAUUCCUUGGUUUGCUUUGUGACUUAUGAAAGCUAUGGACUUGAAUGGUCAAACAGCACCUGAAUCUACUCAUGGUUUGUUUGGUGCUCCUCCUGAACUGAAGCUGGAUAAACGAAGGUCCGCUAUAGAACAAUCCAACGCGUCAUCGAUCUUGGAAGGAACGCCACAUGCUCCACGAAGUCAAUCCGUUUAUGGAACACUCUCCAGUACAUCCUCUCCAUCAAACACAACUAUCAUCAGUAAUAGUAACAACAACAAUCGAUUAUCGCAACAUCGUAGUGCUUUACAUACAGUAAAUGAAGAAGAAACAAGUCGUUCAUCAGAUCAUAUCUUGGAAUCAAAUACACAUCGAUCUUCUGUUGCCAAUUUCAAUGAAUCUCCUAUUGGACAUCAUCAAUAUCAACAGCAACAACAACAGAAAAGGCGUUCUACUUCUGCCAAUGGCACGUUACAAGAUUAUCGUCGUUAUUCUUCGGGUACUACUACUAUCAAUGAAUAUACUAAAGGUGACGAUGAACAACAACAACAACAACCUCGACGUAUGUCUCGUGCUGAUGCAUUGGCCGAAGCAGAAGCUAAAUUGAAUGGUUAUAGGUAUACAUCAACUUCAACAACAUCUGUGGAUCAAUCUCUAUCAUCACGACGUGCUUCUCUACGUCCUUUCCAACCUGCAUGCAAGCCUAAUAUGGUAGUAGAUGAUUUUCCAGAAAAACAAAACCGUCGACUUUCUGAACCUAACGCUCGUGCUUAUCAUCGUCAUUCUGAUAACUACUCUCCCUAUCAACAGGAUCAACAAGAUUAUCAACGUCGAUCUUUCAACAUAUCAUCGUCUUCCAAUCAACAUACAAACGGUCACAGUCAUUACAAUAACAAUAAACGUACAUCUUUGCAACUAUCUUCACCUUCUUCAUUUGGAACCAACAAUGCUGAUCAUGGGGAUCGUCGUGCUGGAUCAAAACCAACUCAUUUAUUUGUGGAUGUUAGCAAUGAAAAUAGAAGAUCAAGAAAUUUCAAUAACGAUUGGAGAUCAUCAACAAGUUCUCUUGGCAACAAUAGUAAUGGUAACAAUGAGUCUCGAUCUUCAAACAAUAAUCGAUCAUCAGUCUAUGGAUUUGUCCCUUUUACACCAACAAGGAUGAGUUUCUCACGCGAAGACAAUACUAUCCAACAACAAUUACAACAACGACGAGCAUUAUUUACAGCACACUUACCAUUCUCGGCUGUGGCACCUCAUUUGAAAUCUCAUCAACUUGUCAGUGGCAUGCUUCGUGUCAACAAACGCAACCGGUCAGAUGCUUAUGUGUUUUGUGAACCAUUCAAUGCAGACAUCUACAUCUGUGGUUCUCGGGAUCGGAACCGUGCUUUGGAAGGUGAUCAUGUGGCUAUUCGAUUGGUCGAGGUGGAUCGCGUCCUGCGUGAAAAACUGGAGAAGGAAGAAGCCAAGCUAGCUCGCAACAAUGGCCAACCCGUGAUACGCAAGCCUGAUGAAGAAGAUGAAAAAGAAAUCAUCUUUGGUGGUGAAGAUGAUGUUGAACAUGUUAAGCCUAGGUAUUGUGGUGUUGUCACUGCCAUUUUGGAACGUGUACAAAAUCAAAUGUUUUCUGGAACUCUUGGAUUGAUGAGACCUAGUAAUAAACGACAACAAAAACGGGAAAAUGAUGAUGAAAAGGAUACUUCGCCUCGCAUUGUUUGGUUUAAACCUACAGACAAACGUGUUCCUUUGAUUGCCAUUCCAGUGGAACAAGCACCUGCAGGAUUCAUUGAAAAUAGUCAAGCUUUUGAAAAUAUCUUGUUUUUGGGUUCAAUCAAACGAUGGCCAAUCACAUCUCUACAUCCAUUUGGUGUUUUGGAAACUGAAUUAGGUUCAGUGGACAAGUUGAAUGUACAAUUCCGUGCAAUUUUGGCUGACAACAACUUUUUGAAUGAUGGUUUUACCGAUGAAGUCAUACAAUGUCUCCCAUCCCUUCCUUGGUCUCCUCCUAAAGAAGAAUUUGCAGUACGUCGUGAUUUGCGAUCCAAUCGAAGUAUUACUUUGACCAAUAUGAAGAAAGAUGAUCAUGAUAUAGCCAUUUCAUUUGAAAAAUUGGGAAAUGAAUCAUAUCAAGUAGGAUUUCAUGUUGCUGACUUUACAGCAUUCGUGAAACCUCAAUCACCUAUUGACAAGGAAGCUCGAGAUCGCGCAAGUGGGAUUUACCUUUAUCAAUCGGUACCUUUAUGGCCUGAAGAUUUGUUGAAACAAUGUACAGAUCUUGUACCAGAUAAAGAUAGAUUUGCCUUUUCUGUGGUAUGGAAGUUCAAUAGCAACAAUCAGGUUAUUGAUACUUGGUAUGGCAAGACAAUCAUUAGAUCACAAGUGAUCAUGACACCCAAAGAGAUACAAGAUAUACUUGAUAAUGACGGUGAUGAUGACGACAAUAAAUGUAGUACAACACAAGAGAAUGAUUUGACCAAGAGCAACAAGGAACAAUUAUUGGCAAGAGAUUUGAAAUCACUCUACGAUCUCUCACAAUUCCUCAAGAACAAACGACUCAAAGAAGGUGCACUCUUUUUGUCUGGAACAAAGCUUGACAUUGACAUGGUGAACGACACACCAGUACAUAUUUCUGCUGAAAUUGAAUAUAGCGCCAGGGACAUUUUACAAGAAUUCAAGAUACUUGCCAAUACUGGAGUCGCUCAAAAGAUCACGCGUGGGUUCCCUGAGUCUGCUCUCCUUUUAUCUCAAUCUGCGGCUAAUGAACGAAAACUUCAAGAACUUACGACCUAUUUGCGUGGGUUGGGCUAUAUGAUUGAUCCUUCUUCUGCUCAAACACUACAAUCCUCGGUCAGUGCCAUUGACAAUCCAGAUGCCAAAUCAGUGAUCACUACGUUGGUAUUGAAAACCAUGCGGCCUAUCAAGUAUUUCUGUACUGGGUCCUUUGAUAUCAGUCGAUAUCAUCAUUACAGUAUGAACUUACCUUUAUAUACCGAAUUUACCUCACCCUCAAGAAAAUAUGCAAGUUUGAUGGUACAUCGUCAAUUGGAAUCUACUUUGGCUGGAGAGAAACGGUUUUAUCUAGAUCAUGAAUAUAUACAAAAAAUAGCACAACAUUGUAAUGCCAAAGAACAAUCAAUCAUCAAUGCUGGGGAACAAGCACAACAUUUGUUAUUAUCCAAAUAUUUGACAUCCACACGACAAACAUCGAUGACACAUGAAGCUAUUGUGGUUGGUGUACAAGAACAAGCGUUUGAUGUGAUCGUACCCUCAUUAGGAUUGGAACGCCGCAUCCAUGUGAUGAACUUGCCAUUACGUACUUCUCAUUAUAGUCCGUUGGAAGGUGUGUUGAAUUUGUUUUGGUUACCGGGUGUGCCCACCUCUGAUGCUAUGGUGGAACAACCAGAUGAUGAUCGUGGGGAAGAUGAAGAUGAUUAUAGUGUGAUUGAAGAUGAACAAGAUACGACUGGAAAUGAUCAAAUGGUACAUAGGCUAUCUGUAUCAGAAUCAUCGACAAAACGAAGACCUAGAUCCAUGUCCUUACGAGCAGUGGAUGGUGAAUCUUUAACAAGUCAACAACAAUGUACCAUUCCUCAGGAAUGUUGUUUGGUAGUGCGACCUUUUGAUUUUAUUCGUGUGGUAAUUACCGCUGACUCUAUCCGGAAUCCUCCUUUGAUUCGUGUUCUAGCCGCCAAUCCUUUUGUGCAUCAUGAUCAUUAAAAAUCAUGAUAUUAUUUUUUUUUCAUUUCCUUUAUUUCUUUAUUUAUUUAUUUUUAU